CAUGGCCAAUCCAAGAUGGCGGCCAAUCCAAGAUGGCGGCCAAUCCAAGAUGGCGGCCAAUCCAAGAUGGCGGCCCCUGUAGGCCGAGGCCUUCCAGGCCCGCUUUCCUCCCAGGAGAAGGAGAAGCCGCGGCUGCCAGCGGAGUCUGGCUCUGGGGGGGUCUGGGGUCUCCAUGUGCCAGCCCCGGUGCUGAGGGACCGUCCCUUUGGCACCUCGAUGUCCCCCAAGGCCCCACGCUGCCUGUCCCCGCCAAGCUGUGACCCCAGGGCCCCCUCCCGCCCUCCCUGCGAUUCCUGGGUUUCCGUCCAUCCUCCUCCUCCCCCUGUUCCUCUGCUGUUUGCAGAUCAACCCAUGAAGGCCAGGGAGGGAUGGAAGAUUUCCUUCAAGAAGCUCCUCACCAUCCUCCUCCUCUCCGGCGCCAUCUUCGGCCUCAUCGUCUCCCUCCGUCCGUUCAGGACUUUGGAGCCGAAGCAUCGCUACCCCGUUCCCUCCGCCCAGAAAUUCCCGAGCUGCGGGAACGCCAGCACCCCGCCCAGGGGUGGCCGCGGCCUGUCCAUCCUGCUCUGGAUGUGGCCCUUCGGCUUCCACUUCAACUUCACCGACUGCUCGGAGCUCCUCAGCUGCCCGGGCUGUCGCUGUCACUUCACCGUCCGCCGCAGCCACUGGUGCCAGGCGGACGCCGUGAUCCUGCACCACCGCGACGUGUGCCGGGACCGGGAGCGCCUGGCGCGGCUGCCCCGGCUCCCCACCCAGUCCUGGAUCUGGCUCAACAUGGAGUCUCCGAGCCACUCCUCAAACCUGAGCGACAUGAACGACCUCUUCAACCUGACCAUGUCCUACCGGCGGGACUCGGACAUCUUCGUGCCCUACGGGGAGCUGCAGCUCCUGAGGCAGCCCCAGCCCGUCACCAUCCCGCAGAAAUCCAAACUGGUGGCCUGGGUGGUCAGCAACUGGCGGGAGGAAUCGCGCCGGGUCAGGUACUACCAGGAGCUGAGGAAACACAUCCCCGUGGAUGUCUACGGCAAGAACCACACCCUGCUGGCCCACGACCAGCUCCUCGCCACCAUCUCCCAGUACACCUUCUACCUGGCCUUCGAGAACUCCCAGCACCAGGAUUACAUCACCGAGAAGCUCUGGAGGAACGCGCUGUCCUCCGGCGCCGUCCCCGUGGUGCUGGGGCCUCCUCGGGAGAACUACGAGCGCUUCCUGCCCCCCGACUCCUUCAUCCACGUCGACGACUUCGGCAGCGCCCGGGAGCUGGCGCGGUUCCUCUUGGAGCUGGCCUGGGACGCCGAGAGGUACCGGGGCUACUUCCAGUGGCGCCGGUGGUUCCAGCCGGUGCUGGGGACGGGCUGGGCCCUGCGGCUCUGCAGGGCCUGUCACUUCCUGCACACCACCGAGCCCCGGUACCGCGCCGUGCCCGACCUGGCCGCGUGGUUCGUGUAGCUGCUGAGGGCUCAACGCCCCCUUUGUCCUCCUGCAGCUUCCCGGGAUUUGGACGCACUGGGAACGGAGGGACAAGAGGAGCGUUGGAGUGAACAAAGACAAGGAAGUGGUGGGGUGUUUAUGUCUUUGUUUUGCUGGAGAAUGGAAGAGGAGUUUUGGGGUGGGUUUGGCUGCUCCCUGAAGAACUCGUUUUGCCAGUCUCGCAGAAGUUCACCUUCAGCCCCUCUGGACAAUUCUGGAGCAGCUCCAGAGGUUGGAGAACCAGAGCGAGUGGCCAGGAGGGGAAGGUGGAAGAACAAUUCCCACCACAAACCCUUCCUGAGGACUCUGUGCUGUCCUUGAAAGGGAUGGCACCGCCAGACUGCUGCUCUGGCUGCAGGAGGAGCUGGCCCGGAUCCUCUCUCCCAGCCCCU